AACAAAUGUGUAAUACACCUGUUUGGCGUUUCAAGCUAUGAAGCAGGACGAAAACAUCUACUGCAAUGUUACUUCAACAGAUGAGAGUUCAGGAAGUGGAAAACGAUGUGGUUCUCAUUUGGUGAUCACUCUUUCCGUUCUCCUCUUUCUCUCUCUAAUGGCCAAUGCUCUUCUGGCUUAUUUUUAUUUUCACCUCAAAUUGGCUCCAGAUCUACCACAUGAACAGGCCAGGAAUUUCUCAGCUGGAGAUAGUAAAAGCAAGCAUGUACCAGUCACCUCACUUGACCAAAUCAGAAGGUGCUCAGCUGGAGAGCGUCAAAUACAGUACAAAGACAGACUCUACAUUUUCCCCACAGAUGAAAUGACCUGGAGUUCCAGUAGAGAGAAAUGUCAGGAAUUAGGGGGAGACCUGGUGAUCAUCAACAGUAAUGAGGAACAUAAGUUCCUUGUUGGUGCAAUGAACACAUUUAGCAAUUCUCUGCACUGGAUCGGUCUGAGAAAGGAGGGAUGGUGGCUAUGGGUAGAUGAAACACCUCUCAUGAAAAGUCUCUCGUGGUGGAAGCACACUUUAGGGGACAGCGUUUCAGAGAGAGAGGAGUGUGUGGGUUAUUAUGAUGGCCAGUGGGUGGAUCUGUCCUGUUCAACAUCAGAAAGGAGAAUCUGCGAGAUUAGUUGCACUCACUGAACUCCCUGCUACUUCUGAAACAAAUCUCACAAAACUUUUUUUUAAUUAAAAUUUCUAACUAAACAUGAUGCAAUUUUAACUACAGUAUGUAAUAAAAUGUGUAUAGUUAGUCUUUUUGAUGUAACAUGGCUUCCAAUAUAGCAUGGAGAUUCUUGAUUUCUUGUUUAAAUUGUGUAACU